AUGGAGGACGUGAACUCGAACGUGAACGCCGACCAGGAGGUGCGGAAGCUGCAGGAGCUGGUGAAGAAGCUGGAGAAGCAGAACGAGCAGCUGCGGAGCCGCUCGGGGGCCGGCGCGGGCAGCCCGUGCGGGGGGGCCGCGUCCUCGGCGUCGGCGUCGGCGUCCGCGUGCCCGUCGGGCGCCGCCACCCCGCCGCGGGGCUUGGCGCUGGGCCUGGGGCUGCCGGGCCUGGGCGGCCGGGGCCUGGGCGGCGGGGCCGGGCCGGGCCCGCGGCGGGCGAGCGGCCCCGACGAGCUGCGGGAAGCCGCCGCGUCGUGGCUGGCGGCGGGCGAGGGCGGCUUGCUGGACGAGGUGGAGCCGCUGCGGCCCGACGAGCUGGAGCGCCUGUCGGGCUGGGCUGAGGAGGAGGAGAGCUGGCUGUAUUCAUCACCAAAGAAAAAACUUACACCAAUGCAAAAAUCAGUUAAUCCAUUAGUUUGGUGCAGGCAAGUUUUGGAUUACCCAAGUCCUGAUGUUGAAUGUGCUAAAAAGUCUCUUAUCCACAAACUUGAUCAAACUAUGUCAGCUCUCAAGAGACAGAAUUUGUAUAAUAAUCCUUUCAACUCCAUGAGUUACACAAGCCCUUACAGUCCAAAUGCAAGUAGCCCAUACAGCAGUGGUUUCAAUUCUCCAUCCUCAACCCCAGUGAGACCUCCUAUAGUCAAGCAGCUUAUUCUUCCUGGAAAUUCAGGUAACUUGAGAAAUUCAUCAGAUAGAAAUCCUCCUCUGAGCCCUCAAUCCUCUAUAGACAGCGAACUAAGUGCUUCAGAAUUAGACGAAGAUUCCAUUGGAUCCAAUUAUAAGCUAAAUGAUGUAACUGAUGUACAGAUUCUAGCUCGGAUGCAGGAAGAAAGUCUCCGUCAAGAAUAUGCAGCUACCACAUCUCGGCGCAGUUCUGGUUCAUCUUGCAAUUCUACAAGAAGGGGUACUUUUAGUGAUCAGGAACUUGAUGCACAAAGUUUAGAUGAUGAAGAUGACAAUAUGCAUCAUGCAGUAUACCCUGCUGUUAACAGGUUUUCACCAUCACCACGCAAUUCACCUCGACCAUCACCUAAGCAGUCACCCAGAAAUUCGCCUCGUUCACGAUCUCCUGCUCGGGGCAUUGAAUAUAGUAGAGUGUCCCCACAACCUAUGAUUAGCCGCUUACAGCAACCUCGCCUUUCACUUCAAGGUCAUCCCACAGAUUUACAGACAAGCAGUGUCAAAAAUGAAGAAAAACUAAGACGUAGUCUUCCAAACCUGUCUCGAACAUCUAAUACACAAGUUGACUCAGUAAAAAGCAGCAGAAGUGACUCAAAUUUUCAAGUGCCAAAUGGAGGAAUACCUCGUAUACAACCUCAGGCUUCAGCCAUACCAUCUCCAGGGAAAUUCCGCUCUCCUGCAGCACCAUCUCCUUUGGCUCUCCGGCAACCAGUAAAAGCAUUUAGCAACCCUGGCUCUGGCGGCCAAGAUGCAACACAACUCACACAGACCACCUCCUCACCUGGGCCUCCCUUGGUUCAGAACACUGUGCCGGCAAAUCCCCCCAGCAAUAUCAACAGCACUACUUUGACCAGACCUGCAGGGACAUCCUCAAUGAGAAGCGGCUUGCCUCGACCCAGUGCCCCUUCAGCUGGGGGUAUACCAGUGCCUCGCAGCAAACUUGCACAACCUGUCCGCAGAUCCUUGCCAGCUCCUAAAACAUAUGGUAGCAUGAAAGAUGACAGUUGGAAAGAUGGCUGUUACUAACCAGCAAAGCCAAGAAUGCAGAGAUCCUCAGCUUCAUGGAUGCCCCUUCACCAGGCUAAAAGACAACUUUUAUAUGCAGACUGUUCAGAUAAGACUCUCGGGGUUUUUUUAAUCCCAGCCCUCUCUGUCUUAAAUAGCACAAACUGACAGAGAUGAUCAAGCAGCACUUUAAUGACAUUUAACAUCAGAUGUAUUUGGUAAUCAUACAACACUCUCCAUGGAUUCACUUUCAUUUUGUUGAUUAGACACAGAAUUGAUUUUCAAAUAUUUGACAGAGGCCAAUAUUGGGCAAAAAUUUAUGGAUGCCAAAGAGAAAUGCCCAUUUGUAAAUGAGAGAGUACCUUUGUGCACAACAAAUAGUAGACUUAAUCAAUCCAAAACUUGACACUCAGCUGAAUUUACUGUAUAAAUAGUAUCAAUAAAUAUUUGUGUUAAUGAGAAGUAAUAUUCUGACUAAUCAUCUAAAAAUGUUUCCCUAGUGUUUCACUAGAACUUUAAGAAAAUAGAUUGAGAUGGACAGGUGGGACGAAACCUGGGCAGAGUAUGAUAAUUUAAAUUUGGGAGAAUCCUAUGAAUUACUUCUGCAUAUUUCAUUCAUUAGACAAAAUUGCUUUGAGUUUUUGAUGUAGCUCUCAUAGCACCACCUCCGACAGUAUUCCAGCUUGCAUCCAUCCUGUUGCAUUGACAUAUCAGACUUCUGUGUGUUUGUUGGUUGCCAAAGGGCUUAAUAUCAGCUGUACAAUCUUUCUAGACUUGAUAGCUCAGGAAAGGUAACCUUUGCUAUUGAAGCCAGCUUCUUCAAUACUGUGCAGAACUGUUACACAAUUAAGAGAUCUCAUUUUUAUUAGCAGGUUUUCAUGAUGGGAAAGAGCAAGUAGUAUAUGUCUUUAUUCUUGAAAUAAAUAUACCACUUCAGUGCUAAUAACCUGGAACAAAACCAUAAUGAGAUAGAGGAGGGGGAAAAAAUCUAUGCAUUUCAUGUACAAAAGCUCUGGUAAUGACAGUUGUAUUGUUUAUCUUAUUUGACAUAACGGUUUAUUAGGUGGUAGGAAAACUAGCUUACUUGAGUUGAUUUACUUUAAAUAAGUAACUGUAUAAAACAUUCUUUGAAAAUACUGUCCCUUUGGCUUAAAUUCCUCCUUACGCCAAUUUUUGCAUUUUUGGUAACAUGAAACUACUAUUACUCAAAACCUGUUAAAUACUUGCUCUUCAAUAACUCCUAUGUAUAACCUGGAAAUCACUUAUUCUGGUUUUAUUACAUUAUUACCAAACAUAAAUUUCUGCAGCAGGUUAUUUUUUGAUGAUGAGAUCUGUUUUUAAAUCCUUAAGUUUGAACAGCUCUGUAAUAUUGGCAAGUGGCUCACAUAAAGAAUUUUAGACGUAAGUUUGACUAUAAGUUCAUUUUCUGUUAGUCAAAGACAUUCUGUAAGUUAGCAAGAGAAAUGGAGAGAGAAAUGUAAGGCUUGGUCUUCAGAAUUGCACGCGGUUGACAGGCUGAACAAUAGUUAAGAUUUGAAGCCAAGACCCUGAUUCUGCCAUGACUGACACCAAGGCAGUCUCACUAGCUUGACCAGUGGAGAGUUACUCGGCAUAGCACUGCAGAUCUGAGCUGCCAGUGCGGAUGUAUUUUUGAUGUGUGAUGCAAAGAAGACAUUUUAUCCUUGAAUUUGAGGGCAAAGGCAAAGGGGUGGUGGGUCAGGAAAGGAGGGCACCAGAAUUCCACAUGAUGAAUUUAAAUAUGUUACUUUUCAGAGGAAGAGAGAGCUUCUGCUUCAGGUGGGGGAGUGUCUUAUGUAAACUCAUCAGUAGAAGAACUAAACACGGUCUCUUUCGAACCACAAAUACACAAAACAAAAUAGGUCUAAGUUUUUAUGGAACAUUGCAAAAAAAUAUGCUGAAAUUUAAUAAUUACAGGAAUUUCAACUAUGAUGAAACAUCUAUUACAUUUUUUAAGUUAGAUUAGCUGUUUUAAAGGAGUCAGGUUAUUUGGCUUUGUUUUUAAACGACUGUAUCAGAAAAAAAAUCUAUUUUUUUUAAUUAAAAUAUUUCAUCACUUGUUUGGAACAUAUUUUAUCUGAGUUGGGUAAAGUAUUAUUUUACCUGCUGUUGUACUACCACGAACUUUUAGUUUCCUAAAGAGAAAAAUUGCCUUUUUACUAAAAAGCCUUUGUGUAUUGCCAAUUUUUCUGUUUGGGAAAAUCUAAGGAUUCACUGUGGUUAGUCUUACAGAAGAUAUGUGGGUUUAUAAACUAGUGCCUAUGAUUUUAACUUAUGUUUGAUAUAUAGUAGUAAGGGUUUGAUGAAUGUUGAUUAUUUUUUGUGCCAACAACCCAGAAUUGUCACUUAUAAUGUAAGCAGAAAACUAUGAACUCUGCUUCCAAAGUUAUUUAAUUUUCUCAGUGUUUGAAUGUUAUUUUUUGUAAGUGUGUUAAUAAAAGUGUAAAGAAUUGGAAAAAAUAUAAAUAUUCUUAACUCAAGCAUUUGCUGGAUCAUUUUUCUAUAAAACUUGUUUGUAUAAUAUAAAACACUCUGAAGAGUUGACUUUUUUCAGUUUUCAUACCCUGGAAAUCACAUUUUGUAAAGCUGGGGACCAUUCUUAAUUGUCAGAUACUUUUUAAGAUUAAUACAUCACUUUUAUAAAGUUUUUUUGAAGGAAAUUAGAUAUCUAUGUGGCCCCAGAUGUUUGUAUAAUUCUAGAAUGAUCUAGACUGUAUGUUUAAAUUAACUUUUUAUUAAAUGUACAGGCGUCCAUUUUUGACAUUACGCAUGGUCCUUUUAGAUCACAUGAAGUUUGAUUUACAAACAUUUCUAUAGCUGAACUUGUAUGUGUGGUUGCCUCCUUAAUAAACAGCCUGACCAUAAUGUUUAUUAUUAAAUUUAUAUUCGUUU